GCCGUAGCGUCAUAUUUUAUUUUAGCGCCAGGAGACGCGAACUGUUUUAAGGAUUUUAAAUAGUUUCUCUCGUUAUUGUGACAGAAUUUUGUUAGCGAAAUGCGACCCAGCCUGGGUACGCCACAGGCUCGCGGCGGCUGUCGCACCAGCGGCGCCGCACGCCUAACACAACAGCAGCAGAUGAAGGCCCAGCAGGAGGCCGCGGAUGCCGCCGCACUGGACGCUCUCGACGAGGCGCUAAUCUUUGACGAUGAGGAGGGCGGCACACGCAUCGGUGAUAUAUAUAUACCGCCGCCGGUGCCGCCGCAUUGCUCCAUGGAGAGCGUCGGGCCGCGUCUGAUCAUAAAGCGCAUUGUCAAUUACAAUUUCAAGAGUUAUGCCGGCGAGGUGGAGCUGGGUCCAUUUCAUCAUUCCUUUACCGCGAUUAUUGGGCCCAACGGCAGCGGCAAAAGCAAUGUAAUUGACUCCAUGAUGUUUGUCUUUGGCUGUCGCGCCAAUCGCAUUCGUUGCAAGAAACUCUCGACACUGAUACACAAUUCCAAGGCCCAUCCCAAUCUGAACAGCUGUUCGGUGGCCGUACACUUCGAGCAGGUGGUGGACAAGGGCGAUGGCCAGAGUGAGCCGGUGGCGGGCUCACAGUUCUAUGUGCGCCGCACAGCCAUGUCGGAUAACUCGUCCUAUUAUCAGAUAGACAAUCAACGUGCCCAGCUCAAGGAUGUGGCCAAGCUGCUGAAGAAGCAUCACGUGGACCUGGAGCACAACCGUUUCCUUAUACUGCAGGGCGAGGUGGAGUCCAUAGCCAUGAUGAAGACCAAGGGCCAGAACGAGAACGAAACGGGCAUGCUGGAGUACCUGGAGGACAUAAUUGGGACACAGCGCUAUAUACGGCCGCUGCAGCAGAUCAAUCAGCGUGUGGAUCAGUUAACAGAUGACCGCACGGAGAAGCAUAAUCGCUGCAAGCUGGCUGAGCGUGAAAUGAAGGAUCUGGAGCAGCCGUUCAAUGAGGCCGUUGAGUAUUUGCGCAAGGAGAAUGAAUACAUGCGCACCAAGAACUGGGUGACACAGAAGUACAUAAGCAUUAAGAAACAGAAGCUGGAGGAGUAUACCAAGGAGCAUGAGCAGUGCAGCGUGGAGCUGAAAACCCAUGACGAGGGCACCGAUGCCCUGAAAAAGGAGCGUGCCGAAAAGGAGCUAAUUGUGCGCAAGGAAAUUGAAGCCUACGAGGCGCUGGUCAAGCAGCGCGAGGACAUCAAGAAGAAGCUGGUGGGCGCGGAGCGCAGCUACACAGAGGUCCAGAGCGCCAUGGAAAACACCAACAAACAGCGCAAAAAGGACAAGACGAAUAUUGAUAAAAAUGAGAAGGAGCUCGAAGAGCUGCAUAAGUUGCCAGAGAAAAAUGCCAAGGAGAUCGAAGAAUGCCAGCAUAAAUUGGAGCGCCUGGAAAAGGAGAAGCUCACACUGAACGAGGAGCUGGAGAAGCAGCUGACACUGCUCAAGGAGCAAUCCGAGCCGCUAACCGAAAAGCGUCUCAAGUGCAGCGAUGAGCUAAUUGGACUCAAGGAGGCCGUCAACACGGCACGCGAGGAGCUGCAGGUGCACGAGUCCAAGCUGAAGAUACUAAAGCAAGUGGAGACCACCGAAGCGCGCAAAUAUGAAUCACUCAAGAGCUCCUACGAAUCGGCACAGCAGAGCCUGCAAAACAUGACCACCAAAUUGGAGGAGCUUAGCACAAAUAUGCCGCAGCUGCAGGAGGAGAUACGCACCAAGUCUGCGGAGGUGGAAAAGCUGGCCAAGGAGGAGCGCAACCUGGCCAUGCAGUGCGGCAAGCUGCGCGAAGAGAUCAACGAGCGCUCUUCCAAUAUGCAAGCGCAACGUUCCAACGACAAAGUCCUGGACUUUCUGAUGCGCAUGAAGGCUGAAGGCAAAAUUCCGGGCAUACUUGGACGCCUGGGUGAUUUGGGCGGCAUUGAUGCCAAGUAUGACAUAGCCAUAUCCACGGCCUGCGGACGCCUCGAUAAUAUUGUGACGGACACCUACGACACCGCCACGGCUGCCAUCAAGGCUCUCAAGCAGCAUAAUGUGGGUCGCGCCAAUUUUAUACCCCUCAAUCGCAUGGAGCAUUGGCGCAGCAAGUCGCAUCGCAUUAACACUCCCGAGAAUGUGCCGCGUCUUUACGAUCUGGUGCAGGUGGAGGAUGAACGCGUCAAGACCGCUUUCUAUAUGGCAUUGCACAAUACUCUGGUGGCCACGGAUCUGGAGCAGGGUUCACGCAUUGCCUAUGGCCGGGAACGAUUUCGUGUGGUCACGCUGCGUGGCGAGAUUAUCGAGCAGGCGGGCACCAUGUCCGGCGGCGGCAAUAGACCUGUGCGCGGCAAAAUGGGCACCCAGGUGCGCACCAAGACCGCCGAAUCUGCAGACAGCUCGCUGAUAUCGCAACAGGCACUGGAGGAUAUGCAGGUGCGGGCCGAGGAGCUGCAGACACGCAUCAACUACUGCCAGGAGCAGCAGGGGCGCCUGGAGUAUGAGAUACAAACGCUGCAAAAGAAUCUCCAGCGCAGUGAAACGGAACAGAAGCGUCUCACGGUGAGCAUCAAAUCGCAGGAGCAGCAGAUGGCCAGCAGCCUAAAACAGUGCGAGACGCAGCGCAAACGCAUGCAGGCCCAUACCACAGACGAGGGUGCCGUCCAGGAGCUCGAGGCGCACAUAAAACGUGCCGCAGAGCAGCUGCAGCAGCGCGUGGAAAAGGAGCAGGCCAUGUCCAGUCAAAUCAGCGAAGUGCAGGCUGAAUACGAUGCGCUGCGCUUGAAUACAGUGAAGCCCGUGGAGGCCAAGCUGAAGAAGGCAACCAGCCAGAUCGAGAAGCUGGCCAGCAAUAUACGCAGCCUGAAUGUGGCGCUGACCACCGCGGAGCGCAGCAUUGAGCGUCUCAAGAAUAACAACAAUAAUCUGCGAGAGAAUAUUAAAACGGCGGAGGACAAGCUGCGCACCCUCAACGAGGAGCGACAGCAGUGUCAGGAGCGCAAGAAUGAGCUGGAGGAGGAAGCGUCUAAGGCCGAGGAGGCCAUCGGUAGCGCCAAGUCGCAAUCGUCGGACAUAAAGAAGGCAAUCGAUGAGCUGAACAAGCAAGAGAAUCAACGUAAUCUGGCACGCAUUGAGAUUGAGACCAAACUGCAGGCGGCUGCAGCCAAGAUGAACGAGGUGAAAUCGGAUAUACCGCGUUGGCAGGCGCAGCUGAAGCCGCUCAAGCUGAAUGAAAUACCCGGCGAAACAGAGCCGCCGGCACCGCUCAAAACGCUCAACGAGGAGGAGCUGCAGGCGAAUAAUCUGGAGGACAUGCAGUACAAGCAGACGCUGCUUGAGGAACAGCUGAAAAUUAAGCCUAAUUUGGGUUUCAUCAAGGAGUUUACGGACAAGCGUUUGGUUUAUUUGGAUCGCGUGCGCGUUCUCGAGGACAUCACCUCGAAACGUAACGAGAUGCGCGACAAGUACGAGGAGGUGCGCAAGCGUCGCUAUACGGAAUUCAUGGAGGGAUUUAACAUAAUCACACGCAAGCUAAAAGAAAUGUAUCGCAUGAUUACGCUGGGUGGCGAUGCUGAUCUGGAGCUGGUUGACUCCAUGGAUCCAUUCACCGAGGGCGUACAGUUCACUGUGCGUCCGCCCAAGAAAAGCUGGAAAUACAUCUCGAAUUUGUCUGGCGGAGAGAAAACGCUCUCCUCGCUUGCCUUGGUCUUUGCCUUGCAUUAUUAUAAGCCAUCGCCAUUGUAUUUUAUGGACGAGAUCGAUGCCGCCUUGGACUUCAAAAACGUCUCCAUUGUAGGCCAUUAUAUCAAGGAGCGCACCAAGAAUGCCCAGUUUAUAAUUGUUUCGCUGCGCGUGAACAUGUUCGAGCUGUCCAACUAUCUGGUGGGCAUUUACAAGGUGGAUGACUGCACAGAUUCGGUUACCCUGGUGAAUCAUCCGCCCGAUCCUUUGCCGCCGCCAACCCAGCCACGUAUGAAUGUCACGCAAAUGGAGGAUGUUACGCUGCGCCUCGCCGCACCAAACGGCGAGCUGGAGGCAACGCAGCAACAGCUGGAGGCAACGCAGCAACAGCUGCAGGCGGAAAUAGAAUCUAGAAUGUGCGGCCGGGAUACAACGUUUGCGCCGCGGCUCGAGAGCACAGCGAUCACGCAUGUGGUGCAGGAGGAGAUUAGUGUCAAUGAAGUGGCCGCUGGCGCCAGUGAGAUGUCCAUUCAAAGUCCGCUAGCCGCCGCAGCGCCCAUAAAUGCCUAGGAGCCAUCUAAAAAUAACAUAAUUAAUAUUAAUAAUAUCUAUACGCAUAACUUUAAUAAACAGUACAAAUCAUAAUAAACAAUAAA